GAAUUCUCCGCCUAUUAUGAUAGGCCGUUAACCUUUAGAGUUAUCUUUCUUGGGAAAUCUUUACAUUUUCAGACGAUUGUUGUAUGCAGCUCACUGGGUCAAAGAACAGUUUUUUUUCUGAAAAUCUCACUUCAGAUUAGUGGAUAAACAAGUUUUGAUGAUACUUACAGACUGAAACCUCUUGACCAGGGCAUAUUUGUUUGAUUCUUGAAAAUGGAAACUUUCAGAGAAAUAUCUAUCAUUACUGAAGAACUUGUAUAUAAAGAGUUGAAUUGCACUGAAAAACUUGAACUCUCUAAUACUAGCGUUAAAUGUUGCAGAUGUGAUCUAUGUGGUAAAGAGUUUACGAAACCUAGCUACUUAAAAUUACAUUACCCUACCCAUACUGGAUACAAACGUUAUAAAUGUGAAGAAUGUGGUAAAAUGUUCACUCAAAAAGGAACGCUGCAAAAACACAUGGUAAUCCACACAGGCGAAAAACAAUUUAAUUGCGGCAUAUGUGACAAAGUGUUUACACAAAUAAGUAAUUUGAAUGCACAUUUAAAAACACAUUCUGGUGACAAACCUUAUAAAUGUCAAGAAUGUGGUAAACAAUUCGUCCAAAAAGGAAAUCUAAAAAGACAUGUUAAAACCCAUACUAAUGAAAGACAUUAUAAGUGUAAUCUAUGCGAUAAAGAGUUUACUCAGAGUCAGAGCUUGAGGAGACAUUUAUUAACACAUACUGGUGAAAAAUCUCAUAGAUGUGAAACGUGCGGGAAAGCCUUCAGUCAGAGGAGCCAUCUUCAAAUUCACCUGAGACAGCAUACCGGUGAGAGACCAUUUCCUUGUGGUAUCUGUGGUAAAGAAUUCCGAUUGGCUGAAAACUUGAAGAUGCAUUCAACAACACAUACGGGUGAAAAACCAUACAAAUGUGAAGUAUGUGGGAAACAAUUUGGUCAGAAAAAUUCAAAAACAAGGCACAUGAACAUCCAUACGGGUGAAAAAACAUACAAAUGUGUGAUAUGUGGGCACAGUUUUAAUCAGCAUCAUAGCUUGAGAUCUCAUUUAAGAAUACAUACUGGUGAAAAACCUUAUAAAUGUGAUAUGUGUGAUAAGGCUUUUCGUAAUCGUCACAACUUGACAAAUCAUUAUGCUAUACACACAGGUGAAAAAUCAUUUUCAUGCGGUGUGUGCGGUAAAGAAUUUCGACUAAGUCAGCAUGUGCAGAGACAUUUAAAUAGAGUUCAUGUGAAUGUGAAUAAAAAUUGAAUAAUUUC